UAGCAGCGGUUACCGACUUAUCGGUAAAAGCAAGCUAACGCAUAUAAUGAUUCCUGACCAACUUACAUACUCCUCACAGAUUCGGCUACUGUCUAUAAAAAUGAAGAAGCGCUAGGUCGCAUAUUGCAAGAAAUUUUUGAAGACGAGACCAUGGGUGUGAAGCGCGAGGAUCUAUUUAUUACUUCUAAAUUAUGUGAGGAUACUCUCAUUCACAUAUUUGAAAGAAGACAGACCCUAACAUGGUCUUAUUAGCACCACAGCAUCAGGGAUAUGAGGCUUGUUAUCAAGCUGUGAACGAUUCUUUGAAACGGUUCAACCUCGAUUAUUUCGAUCUAUAUCUGAUUCAUUGGCCAGGGACGUCAAAGACAAAGUUGCAGGAUCCUGUUAAUCAAGAAAAUCGCAUGGGAAGCUACGGAGCGCUGGAGCAGUUAUAUAAGGAGUCCAAACUACGUCAAAUCGGCGUAUCCAACUAUACUGCAAAGCACCUACAGCAUCUUCUGAGUCACUGUUCUAUCAGACCACAUGUCCAUCAGUUUGAGCUUCAUCCCUGUCUUUAUCAACCAGAAGUACUCAGUCUGUGUAGAGAAAAUAGCAUUCAGAUUCAGGCUUACUCUAGUUUAGGCGAAGGAAGACUAAUCCAAGAUAUCGAGAUCCCCGCCCUCACAGAAAUUGCCAACAAUCUAGGUGUUACGAAAGCUCAGGUCCUGUUGCGCUGGGCGAUUCAACAUGAUUAUGCUGUGAUUCCCAAGUCAAAAACCCCAGAGCGCGUCAAGAGCAACGCCGAUCUUUUCUCCUUUGAACUUUCUGAUCAGCAACUAGCCUUCCUGGAUAAUGUGCACCAGACUAUAUCACAUCGUUUCUGCUGGGAUCCAACAGACAUCUAUUAAAUUAUUAAGUCAUUGGUUUUGCCAGAAGAAACAAUACACCGUACUCUAUAUCACCUUAUUAGGAAUCGAAAAAGAUUUUUAAAGCACUGAAUUGUAAUAGUAUGUACUCGUCCAACAAUGAUCCGAUCACCCAAUUGUCAAUUCUCGUCAAGCGUGAAAGCAUGGCAUCAACCCCCAGUUUUUUAUCAAUGUUACCCAUAGACUAUUCCAUGAAAUGGUGAACAGUGUGCUCAAUCAAUCAUCCGAUAAUAUCGUAC